AUGAUGAGAUGGCUCCUAAUCGUUCUCUUUCCAGUUGUACAAUCAUAUCUAUUUGGAUGUUAUUAUGAUUAUAGUCAGCCAUUAGUCUUACCAGAGCAAUUGCCUAUUGGCGUUUGCACGCAUGUAUUACUUAUUGGUGCGAUUAAUGUUAAGAAUCUCAAUGUAAACAUUAUUCAACGUCCAUACAAUGGUUUGAAUGCUCUCCAGAGUAUGCGAGAUUAUCGUACACGUGAUUCAAAUAAAUUAAAAAUCAUUCCCUCACUUGUUGGUGACGAUGACGAAUGGAAAACAGCUAUGAAAGAUUCAGAAUCACGCUCGAAAUUCAUUACAUCGCUUAUAGAUUUUGCUAAAUCUCAAGAUCUUGAUGGUCUCGAUUUUGAUUGGGAAUAUCCAUGUGGUGCAUAUAAAUCAUUGUUUAGUCAAUUUAUUGAAGAACUUCGUCUUGGUGUACGUAAAAUAUUUGGAAAUGAAUUUCUUUUAACGACGGCUGUUGGUGCCGGAAAAAAUACCAUUGAUGAUUGUUAUGAAAUCGGACGAUUGGGUGAAUCACUCGAUCUAAUUCAUUUGAUGACUUAUGAUUAUCAUAGUAUCUAUGAUAAACAAACAGGUUAUAGUUCGCCAUUAUAUCCAAAAAGUAUUGAGACCGAUGAAGCUCGACAAUAUAAUACUGAAUGGAGUGCUGCAUAUCUAGUUGAACAAGGUGUUCCGAGAAAUAAAAUUCUGAUUGGACUCGAAGGACUUGGUCAUACAUUUCAAUUGAAUGAUUCAAAUAUUCAUGAUUUUGCAGCACCAGUCGUUGGUAUUGGUUAUGGUGGUGGAUGGAUGACGUUUAUUGAAUAUUGUCUAUUGGUUAAAACUGCUGGAUCAAAUUGGGAUGAUGAAGCUAAAGUUAACUAUACCUAUUAUAAUGACCAAUGGACUAAUGUUGGCGAUGUAAGAGCAGCAGCAGAAAAAGCUUUAUUUGUUAAAGCAAAUAGUUAUGGUGGUGCAUUUACUUUUGGUCUUCAUCUUGACGAUCCAACAGAUCUUUGUCAUCAUGGAGAAACUUUUCCAAUUCAUAAAACCGUCGCUCGACAAUUGGAUUUAUUGUGA